UUAUGAAGCAAAUUCAAUGUCACAUUUAACACUGUUGGACAUUCCUUUUUUGUUCCCUAAUUAUGACCCAUCCAGCAUAAAAAAGAUAGACAAAUUGGAUAUAACCACAGGAGGUCAUUUAAAAACUCCCUUUUGAGUUGCUGACAGUUUUGGUUUAAGACAAUAGAAAAAUUGUUCCCUGUCUUCUGGCAUGUUGUUGUUGAGGUUUUUGUUUUUAGAUUCUGAAUCACUGUCAUAUGGAGAUUUCUCAUUAUUAAUGUCAUCACCAACAGAGUCAGUUGUCUAGACUUUCUAGAACUAGGGAGUGCUGGAGUUAAUGAUGAUGAAAACGACCCUGCUUAGAAUUGAAACUGAAGAGUUGGGUGUCAGGUGUUUUUUUUUUUUGUUUUUGUUUUUUUUUUUUUACAUUGGGUGGUUAUUCUGUUGCCUGGUUUUAAUGUUUGUUUACUACAGUUUAUAGAGUCUGGAUUUGAAACCUCUUUGUGAGUAGUCUGUUAGCUCCUUGAACCUCUUGUGAGAAAGAGCUGCAUCUGGUCUUCAUUAAAGUAUAAUUCGUUUGAAUACCGUUUGCUAAUCGAAUUAACUUCAUAAAGGAUCAAACUGUUCAUACUUUGUAAUCAGUCCUUGUUUAGACUGGGAUUUAGCUUUUAUUACAAACACAGAUCUCUAGCUGGACUGUAGCAGGUGUAUGUUAUUCAAGAGACCUAUUGUAAACGCAUUAUAGCAGAUUAGCAGGGUUUCCGCCUUUGAAAUGUACACUGCGAGAGCCAACUCGCAAGCCAGCUGUUUCUUAUCAAUUCGUUUUGCCUUUCAGAGCUGCACUUUGCAUCGUUCCUGGCGCUGCUAUUUCUGUAACAGAUCGGAUAGGAAGAGUGGUGCAGCAGUGCAUUGUAAUGCUGCCACUGGGGAAACCCCACCGCUUGUUUUUAGAUCAUAUCCUUAAGGAAAGACCCCGAAUAGGAGCAGGAGGAAAAGGGUGGAUGGAAGAACCUUGAAAACCUGGGAAAAGGGGGGAUGAUAGCGGGAUAGAGGACAAGAGAGACGGUGGGAGGGAAGACAUGACGGGGCGGAGAGCAGAGUAGCGAUGAGACAGGAUGACACAGGGACGGAGAUGCGUAUUUUGCUGCAUGACUCCAGUGCGUCAGCAACGGAUAGGGAGCCGGAGCGCGUCACAGACAGUCUCUCCCCAAAUCUUAACGGAUACCGCAGUGCUACCGGUAUAACGCAGGCACAUGCAGCUGCCUGGGAACAGAUCCCGGCAGCAUCAUACGCUAGGGUCCGUCCGGUAAAGCAGCAGCAGGAGGAUCAGCUAAAGCUCCGAGAUAAUCGGGCAUCAUCAUUUCCUAGACCCCGACCAGACCCAGCAGCUGGAGCGUGGAGAGCACCAGCAUAGAGGAGACUCUGCCGGGCUCGCGGACCAGCACCAUGCACUAGGCUCGAACCGAGCCCCCGCUGGCAUCAUGCACUAGGCGGCACAACACAAGCGGCAGAGCGGUGCGGCCGCUGAGCUUCGCGGAAGAGCCAGCGGCAGCCGCAGGAACGGAGAGCUCUGGGCAUGCAUUAGACUUGGGCUCAGCCCUAGCAGCAGCCGCCCCGCUCAUCCUAGUCGCCCUCUCGCCCCCCAUGGAUAAGGCGACCUCACUGCACACUUCAGUGCCCACGCCUCCCCCUCGGCUCUACCUGCCUCGGAACUUCAGCUGCAGCGCCUGCCUCUAUGGCAGCCUGGCCGAGCACUGCAAGGGGGACUGCAGCCCGGAGCGCGAAGGGGCGCCGUCUCCCACGCCGGUGGUCCGAGAAGCGGCGGCAGCCGCCGGAGAGAAGCCGCAGCCUUCCCGCGGCCGGGAGCCCUCGGUGCCUCCUGUGCCCCCCAGCCCCACGCUGCGCCGGCGAGCCAAGUCGCUGCCCACGCCCGGCGAGCGCAGCCUGCGGCCGGCCUUGCAGCAGAGCCCGUCCCGCAGGAAGACCGUGCGCUUCGCCGACUCGCUGGGCCUGGAGCUCAUCUCCGUGCGCCACUUCUGCGAAGCCGACCUGCCCCAGGUGCCGCUGCCCCUCCCGGCCCGCGCCGCCGACCUCUUCAAGACCAGGAAGCCGCCGGCGCUGGGCGAGCUGGAGCCGGUGCUGUUCGGGCCGUCGCCGCUGUUGGAGCCCCUCUUCCCGCCGCAGCCCGGCGCCAGCCCCGGCUUCGCGGAGCGGGUGCGGCGGCACAAGGUGAGGCUGGAGUGGGUGCGGGCCGAGCCCGCCGGCCUGCGCGGCGCCGUGCGCGUCCUCAACCUGGCCUACGAGAAGGCCGUCUCCGUGCGCUACACCCUCAACCGCUGGGUCAGCUGCGCCGAGGUGGCGGCCGCCUACCUGUCGCCGGGCCCCGCCGACGGCCUGACCGACCGCUUCUCCUUCCACCUGCCGGCGGCGGCCGCGGGGGGCACGCUGGAGUUCGCCGUGCGCUACCGGGUGGCCGGCACCGAGUACUGGGACAACAACGAGGGGCUCAACUACCGGCUGCGGGGCCGCCAGCGCGCAGCUCGGGCCGCCACCUCCCCGAACGAGGAGCCCGAUGGCGGCGCCUGGAUCCACUUCAUCUGAGCGGCCUGCGGCUGGACCGUGGGGGCGUCGCCUGCUCUCUCCCGGGGAGAACCGAGCUCCCUCGCCCCCUUCCCUCCCUGGCCCAGGCCACCCUCGCCGCCUCAGCGCCCCUCCCUGACCCGGCAGCCUCGCCGGUUCAGCGGCUGCUGGGCGCGUUUCUCACAGGCCGUGCGGUUGGGGGAGGAAUUUCCCGCCAUGAAUGUGACCGGGCCCCCUGGAGCAUCGAGCGGGUAUCGUGUUAGACCCCACGGGGCUGGCCCAGGUACAUCCAGCCCGCCAAGGAUUCUAUGGCUGGGGACUGGGGAAUAGGAGCAAGCAAGUACGGUUUGGCAGGUCCAUCCAAAUCUCUUUUCUAGUCCACUAAACAUUGUACUCGGUAUACUGAGCUUUUCUACGAGAUCUUGGGGGAUCUGAGAUAGUUUUCAAUGUUAUCUACAGUUAUCCUCUUCUGCCUUGUCAUUUAUCCGCUCCACUGUAAUCUUGCCACUUUUCUCACAGAUAUAGUUUGCCCUGCAGUUAGUCACAGUCUCUUAGUUUUAAAAUGCUUGUUUAUAUUUCACUAGAAGAUAUUUUUUGAAUUCUGUUUACAAAUAAAUAUAAAUUAUUUAUAUUUUCUAUUUAACUAACUUUAUUUAGGGGAAAACCUUUCAAACUUCUUUGCAAAAGCAAAGCAUAAGAAGUGUGCAAGUCCUAUCCUGUAAUUUGUGAGUUCCACCAUAUCUUCCACCUCAAGUUUGCUACAUUUUUGUUGUUAUAAUAGAAGUUGUUGUAAAGUAUGGAUUGGACAAUUGCAGAAUAAUCUGUAGUGAACUCUGUAUUUAUAUGGCCUCUAGCUGCUAGUCAUCAGUGGGAACCUGGAGUGCAAGCAAGCCAGCUCCAGUGACUUGGAGAUCAAGUCCAGCUCUCAUUAAAAUUGAUGGGUCUUGGAUCAGGGCCUAGAAGCAUAGAGGACAAAUAUGAUAAUGAGCCUGUUCCUGCAUCCCUAGCUCACUGGAGUAGUCCUACUGAAGUAAGCCCCCAAUCCAGCAAAUUCAUAAACAGUUUGGACCCCUGCUCAGUGCCCCAUUGAUGUCAGUGUAGUUUUAUGUGGGCAUAGGAAUCCACUCAGGUGUGUUACUUUGCCAGAUUGGGACUUCACUUCAGUGAGCAAAUACUACAGUAUUGGGCCCAAACCAGUGCUGAGUGGUGGAGCCCAGAAGAUCCUUUGUGUUGGUUUAUUUCUCAUGCUACAAAAAUAAUUCAAUUUAGAAUAAAGUUUUUCAUUUUAGAACUUUGUUUUAUCUAUUUAAAAAUGUUUAGAAGAGUGCUGAGAAAGCAAAAUACUGUUAAGUGUCAAUUCCACUGUGUCCAUGCAGUCCAUUGCACUGUGAUUUGUGCAUUAAAACACAGUCAGUUAAGGAUUAGAUUUUCAAAUACACAAAUUGGAUGUGCUUGCAAGUGUAAGUCCAAAUGCAGUCUUUCAAGUCUGUUUGCAUACAGAAUAUGCAUCCUCAUAUCAGGCACAUGAAAAUUGGCACGUGAAAAUCUAGGCUACAAACCUCCAUCCUUGGUGUAACCAGUUUGGUAUUAAAUAGUUUUUAAUUGUGUAUACGUUUUGACAAAUGUUGGAGAAUGUAACUGGUUUUCAAAAACUUGUGUUCAAUUGAUAUUUGUUUUUAAAACUACAUAAUAUAUUUUUUGUAAAUAUUUAUGUAAAAAUCUGAUGUGGCUCAGUGGGACCGCUCACAUUAGUAAAGUUACUUGCAUGCAUAUUUGCAGGAUUGAGUCGUUAAAUCCCACUGAAGCAAAUGGGGAUUUGCCUGAAUAAAAAAUGAGAUUUGAACCCAUUCUCAGUACAUAUUACAAUAUCCCAUAAUUAUAUUUCGCAUCCCAUCCCUAUCCUUUUUAGCACGUUUCAGUUUGAAUUUAAUCUUUUAUGCUAACGUACCAGUGCAGGAGUUUUUGCCUUUUUGAAAAAAGUUGCCCAAAAUAACUCCACUAACCCACUGAUUUCAAAAAGGCCCCUACAUCUCCUUCAUUAUGACAAGACCUAUUUUCUUUUAAAGCUAAACAAAGCAAAAUAAAUAUUAACAAAAUGAUUAUGUGAAAUUAGUAGUAGGCAUCCUUUAGUCUCGAGAGACCAUGGGUAUGCACACCUGAGAGGUAAAGAAUUUCCUCAAUUGGUUUUAUUUCAACCGUGGCUGUGACUGAAGGGACCCAAGAGAGAGAACAGGAGUACUUGUGGCACCUUAGAGACUAACAAAUUUAUUAGAGCAUAAGCGAGAAUCUCUGCCACAUCUGUCACAUUUAAAGGUAGUGUUUCAACCCUCUGCCUUGUUCGAGCUCUUUUCUCCUCUACUAAGCUGGACGUCUUCCUCUCGUAACUCCAGAGCCUUUAUUGAGCUGUUGUUUCCAAAGGCUGUGGUUCUGAGUGAGAUCUUUCCAUUUGUCCACAUCUAUGUCCAUGUCUUUGAGAUCUCGCUUGCACACAUCCUUGAAAUGCAAUUUGGCCAUCCUUUGGGUCUUUUUCCAGAUGCCAAUUCGCCAUAGAGCAGUGGUGGGCAACCUGCGGGCUGCACACAGCCUUUCAGGGUAAUUUACUGGCAG